CGCCUGACAGGCACGCUGAGGAAAAUGGCCGCCGCGCCCCCCCCGCCCCGUCCCCUUCGUUAAGGUGGGGGCAGAGCCCGGUUUGCCUGAGAGCGGGCUGGCCUCCUCCCCACGGGAGCACUCGCCAUCGUAGCCUAUGGCUGCGGAUCCUACCUGCCGCCUCAGCCGGGAACGAGCCGAGAUCAGCUGCCGCCGGGCUCCAGCAUCCCCCGGCUCCCCCCGCUGAGCCGCCGCCCGCGGUGUGCUGAGGGGCGGGCGGGCUCCCCUCACGGCGGCGGGUCCCUGCCCCGCUUGGCCACCGCCUGCUGCCGCUGCGACCCUUCCCCGGAGGUGAGCUGCCCGCUGCCAGCCUCCCCGCCGCUCCUCCCCGCGCCCCGAAGGCCGCCGUGACCCCCUCCAGCCAUGGCCGCGGCCCCCCGAGGGUCUCGGAGGGGCGGCGGCUGCCCCGCUACUACAGGGGCUUCACCAAUAAUUCUCCCGUGGCUUCUGAACUCCAGGGUGCUGUGCGGAGAUGGAGGAGAGGUCCCGGCUUCGACCAUCAGGCGAAUUCUCUCGGGUUGUGUCAGCUCUCGGGUAAACGGAAUAGAGUGCUCCUCCAUCUUCAAAACUACCUAUUAGAUCAAGUCCCACUUCAGAGAGAACCCCAGAAGAAACAGAGAAGAGGGGGCUGAAUGAAAUCCUCAUGAUCGUUACACGCUUGUUCAAUAAUAGCACACCCCAGUCACGUCUCCUUGCAAGCACAUUUCGUUGGAAUCACUGAGCAGAAGCAAAGAAGAGCUGACGACUAUGUGUUUCCAACGCGGGUUGCCGGAGCCCUGUGUUUGCCAUUGGCUGCAGUUUUCUGGUUUAUUUGCAGCUUCCCCCAUCUGGAAUAUGAAAAUGGGAUUGAAGUAGAUAAUUGCUAGCAGCGGGUUUUCAAGAGAGGCUUAGAUGGAACAGAAUGCCUCUUGCACAGCACAGGCUGCCUGAGCUGAAAGAGCUCUGAGAGAUGAUUUUAGAUGUUACCCACGUCUGAAUCUCCUGGAAACUUUACCGUGGAAGCAAGCCAUUGCGCACAAUCCUGGAGCUAACAUCCAAAAGGGGCAAGGAAGGGGCAGCAGGGCCAAACAAUGGGAUACCUUGUCCUUGGAUUGCUCAGAGAAAAGCCAGCAAGCGUUCCCCUCCGCUUCCCAGCAAAAGGGGCAUGAAGGCGACAAUGAACUGAAUUUUACCCAGCGGAGCUUCAGUGGCUUUUAAGGAUGGGAUACACUGACCCUUCGUCAAGCAGGGAUUUGCUGGGAAACAGAACUUUGUUCUUCAUAUUCAUCUGCGCCUUUGCCGUGGUCACCUUGCUGCAGCAGAUCCUCUAUGGGAGAAACUAUCUCAAAAGAGGGCUGCAGUUUAGCUGGCAGAAUGGAGAGGAAUUGGCAAAUUGGACCGGCACCUUUAAUUUCACGGAUGACGGAGCAGUGAAGAGUGGCAGUGACACAGGCACCAGGUAUUUUGAGUUUUAUGAAGGGCCUUUGGAAUACAACUCUACCAAAUGCCUGGAAUUACGGCAGGACAUCAUUGAGGUGAAGGUUUUGUCUAUGGUGAAGCAAACUGAAUUGUUUGACAGAUGGAAGAGCUUACAGAUGUGCAAAUGGGAGAUGAACGUCACAGAAGCUAAUUUAUUCAAGUCUACUUUGUCGAGGUGUUGCAAUGCCCCUGCCUUUCUGUUCACCACCCAGAAAAAUACUCCCUUGGGAACUAAACUGAAAUAUGAAGUGGAUACUAGUGGGAUCUUCCAUAUCAACCAAGAAAUCUUCAAGAUGUUUCCAAAGGAUAUGCCGUACCACCGCUCCCAGUUUAAGAAGUGUGCGGUGGUUGGGAACGGAGGAAUUCUGAAGAACAGCCGAUGUGGCCGGGAGAUUGACAGCGCAGACUUCGUGUUUCGGUGCAAUUUGCCUCCUAUAUCUGAGAAAUACUUCACGGACGUUGGGGUAAAGACGGAUGUCGUGACAGUCAAUCCCAGUAUAAUUACUGAGAGAUUUCAUAAGCUGGAAAAAUGGAGGAAACCUUUCUACGACGUGCUCCAGGUCUACGAGAACGCUUCCGUGCUGCUGCCAGCUUUCUACAACACUCGCAACACGGACGUCUCGAUCCGGGUCAAAUACGUCCUGGAUGAUUUUGAAUCUCAGCAAGCUGUUUAUUACUUUCAUCCCCAGUAUCUCAUCAACGUCUCACGCUACUGGCUCGGCCAAGGGGUGCGGGCCAAGCGGAUUAGCACUGGACUGAUCCUGGUGACUGCUGCCCUGGAGCUCUGUGAAGAGGUCCACCUUUUUGGCUUUUGGGCCUUCCCCAUGAACCCCUCAGGGAUUUUUAUAACUCACCACUACUAUGACAAUGUGAAACCUCGCCCCGGUUUUCAUGCUAUGCCCUCGGAAAUCUUCAACUUCCUCCACAUGCACAGCAAGGGGAUCCUGCGGGUUCAUACAGGGACCUGUGGCUGCUGUUGACAGGGACACUUCUUCCUCCCUGAUGCAAAAGUGUAACAGGAACUCGAUGCCUGUGUAUGAUGUAGGAGGUUUUAUUACACCCUGAGAUUAUGCAAUAAUUGUUUGAUAUAAAUUUCCUCAAGGCAUUGCAUCCCAUGAGAUCUAGGAUACCAGCAUCUUUCCUGCAAGCAGAGUUGGGUCCGUAACAGUGUGGGAGACGCAAAACUCCUCCGUCCCAGGGUACACGCUGCCCUGGAAAGCAAGUCAGAGAAGAAGCACAUUUCCAAUAGGUUUAGGGAUAAACAGAGCACAUUAAUAUAGUUAUCAUUUCACUAUGAAGAAAAGCACUAAACUUUUGAGGAGAAUCAGUGGUGGAGAAUUUUAGCGUAGACUGUGUGACUUUACAUAGGUUUCUCAGUCGAGCACCUUGGGGUGUUGCCAGAUUUUAUCGAAAGCACUGUCUUCUGGCAUUUGGGCUUUUGACGAUACUCUUUAGCACUAUAGUUUUAAGGAGAAGUAUAUAACUUGAGGUCUUUGUUCCAUAACGUCACAAAGUAUUGGUGCAAAAUAGCAGGUAGAUGCGAUAGGAAUAAACAAGGUCACUUUAUGAAAUUGUUCAGCCAGGGUAGAAGAGAAUGUUAACCCCCCCCAUUCACAGCGUCAAGUAACUGUGUUGAUCAUGGUGUGCAAUUGUUUUAGAGUUUCUUUCUUUUUCCUUCUAGUGUCCUAUAUUUCUGGUCUCCUCUGCCCAUCAUGUUUUCUUUCUCAUUGUCUGUAAUGCUUUCCUUCUAGCUAAUGGGUCCACUUCCUCCUACAGUGACCAUCUCAGCUUCAGAUUGGAGUCCUUUAUUGAAGAAGCAUUCUCCUUUUACACUUUUGCAAGCUUUUCUUGGGCUGAACAGCGAGGAGAUUACGUAGUUAUAUUUUCUGAGUUGGUUGUUCGGUUCAAAUAUCACAGCGUAUGAUAGAAAAAGGCAUUUCCUCUUUGUUUUUUAUUAAAGACUUUGUAGGAGUAUCUGAAUGUUGAUUCACAGUUGUGCAGGUCGAGUUAAAUACUGUCAGGUGUCUGUGCUAAGUACUGGCAGGAACUGAAGUUAAAAUACAGUGAAGAUACUUUGUGUCUUGGAUUAUGAUGCUUAUUUUAAAAUUAGGCAUCUCAAGAUGUCAGAUGUCUUAACGUGGCAUUUUUGUAUGUUGAGAAUGUUAUUAGGAUAGUAAAAGGGCUGGUGUAUUCUUUAAAAAGUUAUCAAUGUCACUCUGUCAGUUAUGCCAAACUCGAUUUUUCACCUGAUACAGUUAAACUGGCCGAAUCCUGACGCAGAAGACAUGCCACGUAUUACCGGCGUUUAUUUUGGCUGCUGACUACCGUGUAGUAGGCUGCUGGCAGAUGCCCUUUCAUACUGACAUGACUGCGGACACAGGAGGGUGAGGUUUGCUGUUUCAGCUCCGCUGGCGUAGUUAAAUGAACAGAGUUUCCUUGUCUAAGUUCUUAGUCUGAAGCACUUGGGCUGUUGUCCAGUGCCUUGUCUUGUCUUACUUAGAUUACAAGAUCCUUGGUCAAGGAUUUGGAGUUUGAAGUGCUAGUUCGAUAUGAGGGAAACUUUUUCUUUUUUUAGGAGAGGGUUUAAAUCCAAACCUGGACUUGGAUUUUGUUUUUGCAAUGCAUGAAUGCACAAAGCUUCUUUUAAAAGCCUCUGUGCUAUGCUGAGAGCUGUGAAAGUCGCUCACGCUGCGGAUAAAAUGAUCAAAAAGGAAGUGAAGCACAAUGGUCACCAUUUCGAAAGUCCCUACUGACCAGCAGUGACCUGGACGGUAUGUGAGAGCGCAUUUCCUUAACUUUACGCUGGAUUCCAGAGGUCUGAUUGCUUUAAAAGCAACCCGUAUCCUUGAUAAAGAUAUCAGAACUCACUUGGGAAAUACCAGCCAGGGGUAGGUGAAGGACCCGUGCUUAAGCUUUAUAUAUUUGUGUUGUGCUUUUGGUCUUAGAGGUAUGCCGUGUAGCACUGAGCACCACCUCGUAUCGGCUAGCCGUGAAAUAGGCAGCACACUAAGAAUGAACGUGUCGCUGAGAUAGUUUCCUUGAUUUAAUAUGCAAAAGAGAUCUCUGUCUUUGCUGUGUGUUGUAAAUGUAUGUGCAAAGGGCUUUGAUAAUGAAGUGCUGUAAUGAAAGUGCUAUUUAGAGAGCAAUGUGACCCUGUGGGUUGGCCGUCUUGCUGUGCGUUAAGCUUUAUGAUAACGGGAAUGACACUGAAGCUGGUACCUAGGGCCCUUACUCCUUAUUCUGCCUGAGUACGGGACUAGUAGUGACUUCAGUAUUGCUUUGCUGCUGCUGCUUUGCGAAGGUUACCUUCUUUAGUAAGGGGUUUUUCUUUGCUGUGGUGAUUGAAGUGAACAAAAGCAAGCGAAAGGAGUCUGCGAUGUUGCGAAAGAUACUUCCAAAAAGCUGGGAAGGCACUUGAGAAGCAUCCACGUGUUGGAAAGAAAUGGUGCGAUUCCCCGUUUUUAGUUGCAAAAAUCCUUUCGGACUUUAGGAUAAGGAUAAGCAAAACCGUAAUUACAGUUAAACUGUAAUUACAGAGUCACAGACAUUUCCUUUCCUUCGUUUGCUUCAUAGAAAUGAGCAAUGUAAAUUCACCCAGGCUGUACUGUAAUAAGUACAGUUUUACUGGGUGUCGAUUUUGAUGGGUUAGAAAUCUAUAGCCACUAUAUUUUUUUAAGGAUUUUAAAAUGUGUGUGCAGGAUACUCGCACGUAUGCACCAAAGGCCCAAUCUUGCCACAUUUAUCUGAAAAGAGCUCCCAUUCAAGUGGAUGGGUAUUUUAUUUGUGUAGGGACUGCAGAAACACGCCCGGACGUGCCUGUGAAGGUGUACAUAGGUGUAUAGUUAGAUAUAAGGAGUGAUUUCCAAGCCAGAAAAAUACUUAAAUAUAUAUAAAAUAUUCCUUGAGAUGAAAUGCAUGUUGCAGCGCGUUUACUUUCUGAUUCGUUUUUUCAGGUGUUGCUCAGAAAAUGCUUGAAAAACUAUGGCGUUUGUCAGAAACGCCAUAUGCAGAAGCUUUCAGAUAUUUUUUGGCCUCCUUACCUUGCACUGGGCGCUGGAAAAUCAGAUUCCUGCUGCUGUACCGCGGCGUCUGUGGGGCUGAGUGGAAACGGCGUGGUGGCAGGUUGCAGGAGCAGGGUCUGAGGAUGGAUCCUACCUGCUGCUCUGUUCUCCAUGGGCAGCAAAUCAAUACUGCCCAGGAGAUUUUAGCUCCGUGGAGGUCAAUGGCGCUGUGGGGUGGGUGAGCCAGCAGUGACCAGCCUGAGCUUCUGCCCGUCCUGCUUAAACGGGCAGUUUAAAAGAAGGGCUGUUGCAGAAAGAAGGACCCUCCUUGUUUUCUGCCAUCAUUCUUUUGUGUAGUGAGCAUAAGAAAAUGCUCUUUUGACGUCAAGAAUUUGUCUGAGUUUGAGGCAGUGUUUUUUCCCUUUUCCCAUGCUGUCAGAGCUCCAAAUCAUAGAAUCACAGGAUGGUUUGGGUUGGAAGGGACCUUAAAGACCAUCUAGUUCCAACCCCCCUGCCCUGGGCAGGGACACCUCCCACCAGACCAGGUUGCUCCAAGCCCCGUCCAACCUGGCCUUGAACCCCUCCAGGGAUGGGGCAGCCACAGCUUCUCUGGGCAACCUGGGCCAGGGGCUCACCACCCUCCCAGCCAAGAAUUUCUUCCUAAUAUCUCAUCUAAAUCUCCCCUCUUUCAGUUUAAAACCAUUACCCCUUGUCCAAUGUCCAAUCUUAACCUUCUUUGAACAGCGUGAUACCUGAGUGAUAAGCAGUGACUGUCAGGAAGCCGGGUGUGUUGGCAGCACCCUGCCAUGGCAAGUAAAGGGCAUGCGUAGCGUGUCAUGCUUUCCCACAGAAAAGGCUACAGGCCCCAGAGAAAUCCCUUGAUACAAAAAAUCUGAUCUGUCGGAGAAGAAGCGCCAUCAGCUGUCUGGUGGCACAUCCUGAGCUCAGGCCGUAAUCCCAGCUCUGUUGCUGAGGGUAUGAAAUCUGAGACAGGGAGAGAGAAAAUGAUAAUAUUAUGGUUUAAGCCCCAACUUCUCAUAUUAUUUAGGAGAGUCUCUUAAGAAGUUCCUGAGAUCUGCAUAGUCUGGCAAUGCAAAUUCACUCGGAAAAACAUAGCUAGGACUGCUUUCUUGUCAGGUCAACAGAGGAGGCUUAUGAAUCUGCCAGUGCUUUCAUCAAAAGGAAGGAAGUAUUUAGGCGAAAUAGUUUAGCUGCUUGCUUUUGAUUUAUGAAAUCCAACUUUGCUGUUGGACAGAAUGGAUUAAAUGGUGAUGGGGCCAUUAUAAUAUUUUAGCAUAUUGUCUGUGAUUGCAACAGAGUUGUUAAAGCCGGCUCAUGAAUUGCAAAGGGAGAGCCAUGCCGCGGCAGCUCCUCCUGCUGUGAUUUCAGGGAGGAGAGACAUCAUGGUGAGUAAGUCUGGCAUCGCCUGGAAAAGAGAUGUGAAGGGAAUACUGGAAAUUGCAAGAACAACUUUUGUCCAGAGCCUUCGGCGCUCUGCAGUAACAUGACAGCGAAGACAGAUGAAGCUUCUCCGCUUCCAAUGGCCAGGAGUAGCUCCUCUAGUCCCUGACAAAAGCUGCCCCCAUGCAGAUAAAUUAAAGGUGAUGUUCGUUUCAGAUGUUAGAUGUAGUAGACGGAAGGGAAUCAACUCUAAGAAUAGUCCACUCUGGGGUGGUUUGGUGAAUCAGUAGAAAUGUUCCUCAGACCUUGAAGGCAAAAACACCGGUGGUGAUGCAGCUACGUGGCAGGAAGGAGCAAACUCUGGUUUGCCUGUGAGGGAAACCAGGGCGGAUAAAACACCGAGGUGUGGAGCGAGAGGGAACAUGUCCUUUUUAGUCUCCUGAGGUCUGGUGGCUUGUCAGCAAAGCUCUGAUUGCAGAGAGCACAAGGCUGGGUAGUGAAAAUAGUCCUUUCCCCCGUCUCGCUCGCAUCCACACAUAUAUGAAGAAGGAAACAGAGAAAUUCGGCAAUCCCUAAAGGCCAAAUUCCCAUGGAACUUCUGGAGUGAGCUGAGGUUUUAGGAAUAAAGGAGACGGUAUUUAUGCUUAGGGCCUUUUCCAAAAAUCUGUGGGAAGGGCAGUGUACUUCAGAGAAAGCCUCCAGAAACGGGCCCCGAUCAUGGGCAGGAAGAGCAGCCUCUUGAUUCUCACGCGCUUGAUUUCAGAUAGAUACAUUUUUUAAAAUAUUGUAGAUAAGGUGCAGUAGCAAUCCUGUGUUUUUAAUGGCGUGUGUAAAGAACAAACUUCUCUGGAAGCAGAAACGUUGUGACUGUCAUUCUCCCUUCCAGAUUUCGGCACUUUUCAUCUUUUCAAAAUCAUCUAUGCAAAGCAUUUCACCGUGGCAGUGUAAAUCACCGUAUCGAAUCACAAAUGAGCCCUCUGUACCUAUCUGUAUGCGGGUGAAUCACAUGCCUCGAGAGAAGAGGUGUUUUUCCUGCUUGCUUUAAAAUACCAGCGUGGAAUUCAUCAGGGAUGCGAAUGUGUUCAAGGCAGGAUUUGGCCCGUUCCCUUUGAAGCCAGCACAAUAUUCGUGUUUGGCUUCGAUAGAAAAAAAAACAUGGGGAACGGUGCUUGUAAGUCAAGCCAAUAACCCGCAUCUCCCCAAAUCCCCUCCCAGACUAUUAUCAUUUUAUGUCUUAUUAUCAUCCUGUCUAAUAUGGGUGAGGCUGCUGGGCAUCCCUGUGUUGUCUGCAUGGUAUUCAAAAUCAACAAGCAAUUGUACUUCAGUGCUUUUUUUUUUUUUUUCAACAAA